AUGCUGAUUGACGCACUAGAUUCUAUUGAGCUGGUGGCACUAGACUGGGACAUGGUCGUCUCGUCGGUUGGUGUCAGCAACAGCAACAGCAACAGCAACAGCAACAGCAACAGCAACAGCAACAGCAACAGCAACAGCGAUACCGAUAGCGACAUCAGUAUCAACAACAUUGAUGCCGACUUGGACUUCUGCUUCGAGCUCGACUCCUUGGCUUCGACUGGCGUGUCGACAGGAGCGGACGUGUUCGCCAUAUUCGGUAGAAUCGAGACCUCUUCGAUACUGUCGGACUGUGAUGUGGAGGUUCUGCUCGGAGGCGCCUCCAACGUUGACGUCGAUAUCAGCGUCGACGCGGACAUGUUGUUGUUCGUAUAG